GCUGGAGGCUGGUCUGGGGGUUGUGGCUGAACGAGGGCGGGGUUCUUAUGACCGCCGGUUUAAAAGGUUCGCCCGCAUCGACCCUCCGCACCACUCGCUGCAUUCAGCCUUUCUGAUUCAGUCGUGUCCAUCUAGCGAAGAUCCAGAGAACAACCAUGAAGGCGUUUCUGAUCUGCGCCCUGCUCGCCACUGUCGCCACUGUGAGCUUUGCUCACCACUUGGAGCUUUGCAAGAAACAAGACGAACCGCUGAAAACUGAACUUCAGUGCAUCGGAAUCCACAUAUCAGCUGAGGCGAACCAAAGCUUUGACAAAGCGAUGAAGACCCUUGGCUGCAAGGAUAGGAGCUGCGUCAUCCGGAAGCUCUGCGCUGGAAACGACCUGGAGGGCGCCAUGGCCGAUCAUUUCACGACGGCUCAAAUCACGGAGAUUCACGACGCUGCAACUACCUGCGAUCCAGAGGCCGGGCACAGCCACCACCACCACCACUGAAAGUGGUUCGCACGGUGCCUUCCGCGUACUGACAGUUCCUACAACUCCCAGAGUCGUGCCUUUGGUGGACUCCAUGGAGUUUUGUUUUAAUUAGCAUAACUAUUUACCGCAAUGAGAGCAAUAAAUACUCGUUUGCU